AUGAAGAUUACAGAGAAAUUGCAAAAAAAUCAUAAUAAUUUGAAUGGAUCAUCGCAUCCUACUUUUUCAUUUGAAUAUUUUGUUCCUAAGACAGAUCAAGGUGUUCAAAACCUUUAUGAUCGUAUUGAUAAGAUGUAUCAAAACUCCCUACCACAAUUUAUUGAUAUUACUUGGAAUGCAUCAGGUAGUAUAACCAACAUAUCGACUAAUGAGUUAGUAUCGAAUACUCAAUCUGUAUUAGGCUUAGAAACAUGUAUGCAUCUAACAUGCACCAAUAUGGAUGUAUCCUUGAUUGAUAAUGCAUUAAAAUAUGCUUAUGAGUCUGGUUGCCAGAAUAUAUUAGCAUUAAGGGGUGAUCCUCCAUCCACAGAAUGUACCAAAAAAGAAGGUAGUAAUGCAAAUAUCGAUGAUGAUACAGAGGUAAAACAAUGUUUUAAAUAUGCCAAGGAUCUUGUGAAAUACAUUCGUGUGAGAUAUGGAGAUUAUUUUGAUAUAGGUGUUGCCGGUUAUCCUGAAGGUCAUCCAGAGAAUAUGGCCAAGAAGAAAAAACAAUCAAAUCAUCGAACUGGUAAUAUCAAUAAUAAUAGUAGUGAUGCAGAGAUGCUGGAUGAAGAAAUGGUAGAAGAUGAUAGUGGAGAAGAUCCAGAAGAAGAAUUAUUAUUACAUUUGAAGGAAAAAGUCGAUGCCGGGGCAAAUUUUAUAAUUACUCAAAUGUUUUAUGAUGCAGAUAAUUUUAUCGAUUGGUGUCAUAAAGUGUAUGACAUCGGUAUUCAUAUCCCAAUUUUCCCCGGUAUUAUGCCCAUCACCACAUAUAGUGCCUUUUUAAGAAGAUCAGAUUGGUGUCAAAUCAAGAUCCCACAAGAAUUUCUAGAUGUAUUAGAGCCAAUCAAGGAAAAUGAUCAGUUGGUUCGUAAAGUCGGUGUUGAUUUAAUUGCUGGCCUCUGUCAAAGGAUUUUGAAAGCUGGAGUAGUAAAUCAUUUACAUCUUUAUACAAUGAAUUUGGAAUCUCCUAGUAUCAUGUUAUUAAGUAAAUUGAAUUUAUUACCCACGGAGGAAGAUACUUAUAUCGAUAAUAAAGCUAUUGCUAAUGAUGUGGUAUCCAAUGGCAAUGAAUUAAAUAUCUAUCCAUGGAGAAAAUCAUUAAACCCCAAGAGAAAAAACGAACAAGUACGUCCUAUUUUCUGGAAAUCAAGAUUAUAUUCAUACAUUGCUCGUACAUCUAAUUGGCAAAAUGAUGAAUUCCCCAAUGGUAGAUUUGGUGAUUCAUCCUCACCUGCAUUUGGGGAUUUGGAUCUUUGUGGAUCUAAACUAAUUAGACAAUCUAAUAAGAAAUCCAUCGAGUUAUGGUCCAAGCCUGUUAGUAUAGAUGAUAUUGGGAAAUUAGUCAAUAAUUAUUUAACUGGUAAACUCAGUUGUCUACCAUGGUCAGACAUUCCUGUUAAUAAGGAAAUUGAAGGGAUCCUGGGACAUUUGACUGAAUUGAAUAAUAAAAAUAUUAUUACUAUCAACAGUCAACCUAAAGUGAAUGGUAUCAAAUCUAACAAUAAAAUCUUUGGUUGGGGUCCCACAGAUGGUUAUAUCUACCAAAAACAAUAUCUGGAAUUUUUAUUACCAAGAAACAAAAUUGCUAAAUUAAGUGAAGAAUUGAAUUGUAAACAGAGAAACCCACAUUGUAUUCUCACAUAUUUUUCAGUAGAUAAUUUUGGUAAAUUAGCUACUAAUCAACCAGAUAUUCAAUCUUCCACUAAUGUGACUACAAAAUCAAAUUGUGUCACCUGGGGGGUAUUCCCGGGAAGAGAAAUUCUACAACCUACCAUUGUGGAAAAGUAUUCCUUCUUGGCGUGGAAAGAAGAAUUUUACAAGAUCUUGGAAGAAUGGAAAUUGAAAUUGUACCAAGCAGAAGCUCUCGAAAGUGUUUCAUUGUUACAACAUUUAAUUGACGAUUACGUCUUGAUCAAUAUUGUCGACAACGACUUCGUUGAUCCAGAGGAUAAGAUCUUCAAAUUGCUGAUAUCCUUAUAG